ACCAAAACCCGAUAAACUAAAUUCUCAGCUGUCAGCCAAUAAUUAGGUCGUCGUCAAAAUUUCUAUUAGUAGCAUUGUACAUAUUUUGGCUAAAAAAAAGAAACAAACAAUUAGUUUGAGCCAAGACGAAGGUGUGCUAAAUUAAAAGCGAACGAGAAGCAGGAGCCAGCAGCAAGGCCUGGCCCAAAACAAAAGAAAUUUAUAAAAUUGCAGUUGGAUUUGAAACGGGCCGCAACAUGUCAAAUCUAUCAGUGGGACAGAUGAUAAUGGACGCACAGCGUAUGGCUAGCCGUGUCAAAGACUUGGAUGCCCUGGGGACAGCUCUGCUGGAGGAGGCGGAGACGAACCAUCGGCUGGUGGUGAGCCUGCGGGAAUACCAGGACGACAUUGAGACUCUCAAUCGGAUCUCAAACAACAAGACGAACGCGGACAUGGUGAAUCGCAUACAGCAGCAAAACAUCAACAGCUCGGAGAUACUCAAAGAGAAUCGCGAGCUGAAAAUCUGCAUCGAAGACUACGAGCGGGCCAUGGAACUGAUGAUGCAAAAGUACCGCGAACACACAGUGACCAAGGUGCUGGACAGUAAAAUAAACUUCAAGGAGCUGUACAACGAGCGCCUGUGGCAGGUGAUCCGAGAUCAGCGCGAGAAAAUCAACGAAAUGGCCGCCGUGAUGCAGCGGGCGGCCACCGUGGACGAUGAGGUCGUGCAACGGGAACUGCAGACCAUAUCGCAGCUGCGUAUGGAGAACGAAUCAUUGCGGGAGCUGCUCCAGAUCUCCAAGCAGUAUGGCUCGGCACAGCGACCCAUUCGUGAAAACGACCACCUGCUCGAGGAGAAGUCGGUGCAAACGGACUGCCUGGCAGACGAUUCGGCCGAUGAUCUGUCCCUUUCGGGUGCUUCGGUGGAGAAUGUGAACAACAAUUCGGUCAUACAGCUGUACAGCAGUCCGGAGCCGGCGAAGAAUACAUCCAACAAUAGCAACAGUUCAUUCAACACUGCCCCAGCUCAGAGUCAGCCACAGCCACAGCAACAGGCACAGGCACAGCCUUCGCCCACAGUAGUGGUGGAAGCACCAGAGCAAACGGAAACCAAUGAGAAUAACAACGGACCUGCAGCUAAUACAGCCAGUACUGUACCAGCCGUAACGACGCCAAAUGAUGCUGGCGAGGAGCAGGCCACUGCCUCGGCUGCUGUUGUAGCCACCCGCGCAACAUGAUAGGUGCUAUUACCACGCACCACCUGCCUGGUUGUCAUUCUGGUCGCUCGUCAAUCUCCAUUGUUACUUCAUACACACUUCAUUUCGAUCGCUGCGCUGCUGUUGCAUCCUAUUGUACCCUCCACACUCACUCACGCCCCAACACUUCCCUCUCAUACACACACACACCAGCUCACACAUGCAGUAUAUAUAUACAAAAAAAAUAUGAAUGGGAUUUCACCUGCAUUAGCUCUUAGCGAUUGAUAAUCUCUAAGUAUUUAUACAACAAAAUAUUACAACAUAAUGUCUAUACACGAAUGUAAACAAAGCAAAAACAUGAAGUUCAUCAUUAAAAUAACAACAAGAACACACCACACCAUACUCAUCGUACUCACACACAAAAACGAAUGUACUCUGUCGAUUUUAUGAUUUCGAAAAUAAAUUCCAUUACAACUGAAGGAUCUGCUGCCCAAGAUGUGCGUGGCAUGGAUCAGUAACAUAUUGAA